UCGUCGGAAAUCGAUCUAUGGGACACGGUGAAGAUCGACGAUUUUCUGAUCGUGGAAAAAAUUCUUGAUAGACGCAUCAUAAAUGGCAGACUGCAAUAUAAGGUGCGCUGGUUCGGCUUUUCAGAGGACGAUGACACAUGGGAGGACUUUUAUAAAUUGGAUCCUGUCUCUUUCUUAUUGGACGAAUUCGAUGACAAUUACAUGGAUGCUGAUGACAAUUACAUGGAUGCUGAUGACAAUUUGGCGGAGCAAGAAUUGGUCACCGAUCCGCAUUUGGUACGAAAUUAUUCCAGUCUUAUUCUUGCUUGCAAAAGAUUCUGGCACUCACUUUCUGCGAUGUUCUUUGAAUUACUCGAUUUGAUACGAUUGUACAGCUUUGAAUUCUUUCGAAGAAUGUUCAAUGUGCUCUAG